AUGGCACAAGACUCGGGCUUUAAACUCUACCGCUACGACCCCUCCCUAGCCGCGGCCGUGAUCUUCAUCGCCCUGUUCGCCCUCGCCUCUCUCCUGCACACGUACCAGCUCCUUCGCACACGGACAUGGUUCUUGAUCCCCUUCUGCGUCGGCGGGUACUUUGAGGCCGCGGGUUACGUCGGCCGGGCGAUUGGAUCUCAAGAGAGCCCCGAUCAUUGGAGCGUCGGGCCGUACGUGCUGCAGUCGGUGCUCAUCCUCGUGGCGCCCGCGCUGUUCGCGGCCAGCAUAUACAUGGAGCUCGGACGGAUCAUCUUGCUCACGGACGGGACGAGGCAUUCACCCGUCAACCCGAGGUGGUUGACAAAGAUCUUCGUCGCGGGGGAUGUCUUGUCGUUUCUGAUGCAAGCGUCUGGUGGAGGAAUGAUGGCCGGCAAGACCAAGUCGUCCAUCAACACGGGCAAGAACAUCAUCAUCGGCGGCCUCUUGGUUCAAGUCGUCUUCUUCUCCUUCUUCGUCGUCACCGGCUUAACCUUCCACCUCCGCCUCCGCAAGGACCCCACCUCAAAAGUCCUCGCCAACACCCUCGACAUCGCGGCCGUCUGGAAGAAACACAUGUACACCCUCUACGCGGGAAGUCUCCUCAUCCUCGUGCGCUCCGUCUUCCGGCUGGUCGAAUACGGCCAGGGGAACGCCGGCUACAUAAUCUCGCACGAGGUGUUUUUGUACGUCUUUGACGCAUGCCUGAUGUUCACCACCAUGGUUCUCUUCGCUGUGGUUCAUGGGAGCGAGUUGAAUGCCUUGUUGAAGGGCGGUAGGGGCAGGGCUGUAAGGAAGGGCUUCGAGGUCUACAGCUUGAAGCAGAACCCAGGACAUGGCCUCCCAUGA